ACUAUUAGGCCGCGGCUGGACACUAUCCCCCUCCUUGAAUUCUUGAUUGCCGGAAAAAAACAAACUCAAACACAAAAGCAUGUCCUGGUUCAAGGCGAUCGUCGAGUGGUUCAAAUCGCUCUUCUGGAAGGAGGAGAUGGAGCUGACGCUGGUCGGCCUCCAGAACUCGGGCAAGACGACCUUUGUCAACGUCAUUGCAUCGGGCCAGUUCAGCGAAGACAUGAUCCCGACCGUUGGCUUCAACAUGCGCAAGGUCACCAAGGGCAACGUCACCAUCAAACUCUGGGAUAUCGGCGGUCAACCUCGCUUUAGGAGCAUGUGGGAGCGCUACUGCCGUGGCGUGAACUGCAUCGUAUACAUGGUCGACGCCGCCGACCACGAAAAGCUCGAGGCUGCCCGAAACGAGUUGCACGGACUUCUUGAGAAGCCCCAACUUAACGGCAUCCCCGUCCUUGUUCUUGGCAACAAGAACGACCUACCAGACGCAUUCAGCGUGGAAGAGCUGAUUGUUCGUCUUAACCUGAAGGCUAUCAGCAACCGCGAGGUCUGCUGCUACUCUGUCUCCUGCAAAAAGCAAGACAACAUUGACAUCACCCUCCAGUGGCUUAUCAAGCACUCAAAGAGCUCCAAGUAAAAAAACCACCGAACAAUCACAACUUGGAACGUGUAGUCGUCGCUUUCGCGUGAUUCUCUGUUCCUAGCACCCCCUUUCCUUCUGUUGAUGAUUAUCUUUUUGGUCAAAUUUGUUGCUAUCUUGAUUGCAUGUCGUCCUUUUUGUCAUUUGUUGUUUUUUCGCCGCAGCUGUUAAAUGCGGACACAGCAUAGAUCUUCGUUACGUUUCA